GAUGACCCCCCAAACUAUUCACAAACUACCAAUUGUUGUGUGCAGUGUGGACACAGUCUGUCCUCUCUGGGCCUCCAGCUCUGUCUGUGUCGGCCAGUCUCUAUGCCCAGACCGUCGUUACUCAGCCGAGCCUUGCACCUCAGGGACCUGACAGUGGAAAGAUCUGCUCUCACCCAUCAGCAGUGUUGUGGCUGUGCUCAGAGGAUGGAUAAAGGCCAACAAGCAACUAUUCAAAAUCAUUAUAUUAAGGCCUCUUCUUUACUACAAACAUAUAAAUAAUAAAUCAUAGCAGUUUAUACAUGGGCACAACACUGUGUAUGUCUUCAGUCUAGAAGAGACUAGAAUACAAUAAAAUAUAUGUUAGUUCACUAUAUACAUGCAAUACAAAUUUAAAGCUUUCUGAAGACCAUGGAUGGUGGUCCUAAUCAGCUUGAAGGAAAACUGAGUUCAGCUUUAGAGGUUAAAGAUGAUGAGAGUCAGAAUAUUCCUUCUCUAUGGUUCAGAGGAAUUGACAAAUGCUGGGGUUUACCUCACAUUAACACUAAAACUGCAGACAAAACAAAAUCUGAGUUGGACCCCUUGCUGUCUAAUGAUGGUUUGUGGAUCUCAGUCCAUGAUGAGGACAAAAAGUCCACUGGUGCUCAGGCCAUGCCGAGUGAAUCGGUCUGUAACAUGGUGCUUCAGAUCCUGGCUCCGUUCCUCCUAGCAGGCUUCGGUACAGUGAUGGCUGGCAUGCUGCUGGACAUCGUGCAGCACUGGGACGUGUUUCAGAACGUAACAGAGAUCUUCAUCCUGGUGCCAGCGUUACUUGGCAUGAAAGGCAACUUGGAGAUGACGCUGGCAUCAAGACUCUCUACAGUGGUGAAUGUUGGGAAAAUUAAUUCCUCAAGAGAGAAGUGGAAACUGAUCAUUGGAAAUCUUGCCCUAAAGCAGGUUCAGGCUACAGUGCUGGGCUUCCUUGCUGCUUUGGCAGCCUCUGUACUGGGAUGGAUUCUGGAUGAGAAACUGACCAUAAACUAUACAGCUCUGUUAUGCUGCACUAGUGUAGUGACAGCAUUCACGGCAUCUUUAUUGCAAGGUAUCAUUAUGGUGGGUGUGAUCAUCGGCUCAAAGAGGGCCGGGAUUAAUCCAGACAACGUAGCGGCACCAAUUGCGGCUAGUUUUGGUGACCUCAUCACUUUGGGGUUGCUGGCCAUCAUCAGUCAAAGGCUUUUCUCUUGCAUUGAGCUCUACCCCUAUAUCAUCUAUGUAGUGUGUGUCAUCCUUUUAUGCCUGACACCGGUCUGGGUAGCACUUUCAUUCUGUCACUCUGAGAGCCACAAACUGUUGUAUAAUGGUUGGGAACCGAUCAUCACCGCCAUGAUUAUUAGCAGCUUAGGCGGACUCAUUCUGGACAAAACCAUUACUGACUCAAACUUAGGAGGAGCUGUGGUUUAUACCCCUGUGAUAAAUGGUGUUGGAGGUAACCUGGCUGCCAUCCAGUCCAGCCGUAUAGCCACAUAUCUUCAUUUUCACUGCUCCCUGGGAAGCUUGCCUGAGGAUGCAAAGCGCUGUUACUGUCCAUUCCGCACCUUUUACGGCAAAGGAGAUAACAACAGAACAGCUCGAGUGCUGCUUUUUCUAGCCAUUCCAGGCCAUGUGGUCUUUCUCUUGAUUAUUUAUCUAAUGCAAGGUGCCAGCACAAGCCCAACACCAACCUUCAUCACCCUCUACUUAACUGCAGCUCUAACACAGGUAUUUCUGCUCUUGUGCAUAGCUGACUGGAUGGUACAUUGCUUGUGGAGGUAUGGCCGAGACCCAGAUAGCUUUUCUAUCCCCUAUUUGACCGCCUUGGGUGAUCUACUGGGGACUGGCCUUUUAGCUCUUUGUGUUUUUGCUGUGGGUGAUUAAUGCAAAGGACACAAUUUGGGUGACUGAAACAGACUGUCCACUAUGUCUUAGACUCUCAUUUUGUUCACUGGGGCUACUGAAACAUGAAGACAUCUUUUCAAGACAGUGAAGAGUCACCUCAGCCCCUUUCGAGUGCAUCAUUAUUUAUUUCAAAAUUAGGGAUAUUAUUUACUUAUUAAGUUCUUAUUUUUAGCAGUCCAUUUACAUAAACUGUCUGUAUUUUCUAUCCUUUUCUAGAAGUCAGAAGUCAGCAAUUUAUAAGUAAACAGAAUGUAGCAAACUGAACCAGUCUUGCUUUGUAUUUAACAUGGAGAUUUGUGCAUGUACAUCCAUCAGGCAUAACAUUCUGAGUACUGAGAGGUGACCUGACUAACACUAAUGGUCUCCUCAUCAUGGCACCUGUUAGUGGGUGGGAUAUAUUAGGCAGCAAGUGAACAUUUUGUCCUCAGAGUUGAUGUGUUAGAAGCAGGAAAAAUGGACAAGUGUAAGGAUUUGAGCGAGUUUGACGAAGGGCCAAAUUGUGAUGGCUAGACCACUGGAUCAGAGCAUCUCCAAAACUGCAGCUGUUGUGGGGUGUUCCCGGUCUGCAGUGGUCAGUAUCUAUCAAAAGUAUCCUUUAAGUCCUGUAGGUUGCGAGGUCACAACCUCCAAAAGUUAAAGAAUCUGCUGCUAACGCCUUAGUUCCAGAUACCACAGCACACCUUCAGGGAUCUAAUGGAGUCCAUGCCUCGAUGGGUCAGGGCUGUUUUGGCAGCAAAAGGGGGACCAACACAUGAUUAGGCAGGUGGUCAUAAAGUUGUGCCUGAUUAGUGUAUAUAGAUUACCUAUUUUAUAAUGCACUGUUCCUCCUCUCAGUUUUUCUAUAUUUAUUUAUAUUUGUAAUAAUAUUAAAAUCUAAUAUUAUCCAAUAUUAUUUUAUUAUUUCAAUAUAUAUUACAGGAUUGGAGAAACCUGCUGUAAUUGUUUUUGUUUGUUUAUUUGUUUGUUUGUUUGAACUGGACAAGAGAAGUGAUGAAUUUGGAUGUGGAUGUAAUGAAGUUAGAAUGAAUGGCAUGUGUGAAUGUAGAGAAAAUAUGCAUGUUUCAGUUGUCUCCCAGACUGGUGACAGUAUUUACUUAUUCACUGUGAUGGAGGAUCAAUUUUGUACUUGUGUACUUGACUUUUGAGUUCCCACUAAGCAAAGAAAUAUCCAAAAGCCAUCUUUCCAACAUCUUUGUCACACAGUGAAAAGACAAAGUUUUAUGACGUCUUUUAAUAAUGUCCAAUGUUCAAGUCAAAAUUAGUUUCAAACUUGGUCAUUGUGGACGUCUUUUCAGCGUCUUUUAACGUCAACUAUGGACUCAUUGUAGACAUGAUUUAUACUGCUUCUGGACC